CAGCAGCUUUGACAACAUUAGCACCGUUGUCUGUCGUAAUGGCUGAAAGUUUUUCUUUCGUGAGGUCCCAUUCAGAAAGCAUAUCUUUCAGACCUUGCGCAAUCAUAUCUGCCGUGUGAUCGGCUGGAAAAUACGCCGUCUCUGGCGCAGCUUCCAAUCGUCGUCAAUGUAGUGCAAAGUAAGGCUCAAGAAUGAGUCCAUCGUCCUACUUGACCAGAGAUCAGAUGUGGCUGCAAAGUGUUGAACAUUUUUCAUUUCAGCAGCUACAUUUUUACAACAUGUCUUGUACAUGUCUGGCAACGCAGUUUUAGAAAAAUGAUGGCACAGUGUAUCUUCUGUCGAGAGUUUUAACCAGGUGUUUAAACCCGCUUCACUCCACUGUAGCCAAGGGAGUCAUAUCCUUUGCGAUGUAUUAACAAAUAGCGUCAGUUAUUUCUUUCCAUAUUCUUGAACUCUUCUCAUACUGUGUGGCAUUUGUGAAUACAUUUGUUAUCGACAUCUGCUUUGCGGAGGCACUUGUUACUGGGCGCUUGUCAGUCUCUUUUUGUUUAUUUUGAGCCAUGCACUGUUCAUAUUCAGUAACGUGAUUGCGCUCCAAGUGUUGAAACAAAUUGGUGCUGGUACCUUUGGGCGUCGAAAUUGUUUUAACUGAAAAAUUUCAUCGAUUAUAGGUUCUGAAUGUCGAUUUCGAUUACUUUUCGAUUAAUUGCCCAGCCCUAUGUGCUGGUGUGUGGGUUUGGGACAUUUGGAGCACUGAGAAUGACCUGGAGAAGUGGAACACAGUUAAUCUCACACACACACACACACACACACACACACACACACACACACACACACAAAAUAUGUGUAUGUUUAUAUUCUUAACAAAUGAAUGCACUGCUUAAUAAACUAAUAUGAGUAACAAAAUAAUGGUGAGAAGUGCUGUAUUUGUGUGUGUGUGUGUGUGUGUGUGUGUGUGUGUAUGUUAGACGCCCGUCUCUCGUCUCUCAGCUGUAUCUCUGCAGGUGUGUUUUUAGCCUCCUGUCUGUUGGACAUUAUUCCAAAUUUUCUGAAAGAAAUGAGAGAAACAUUCACAGAACGUAGCGUUACCCUGUACUUCCCCGUGCCGGAGUUCAUCAUGUCUGUGGGGUUUCUGUUCCUGCUGGUGAUGGAGCAGCUGAUCCUGACUCUGAGGGAUGAGCGUGAGCAACAGCACGGACAGAAGGAAGGACGAGAGGACAAGGAAGCUCUGCUACUGUGCUCACCGACGGUCCGGACACGUCCCGACCCCUCCCUGUCCCCCAUGCUCUCCGUGCUACUCCUGUUUCUCUGUCUGUUCUUCAUCUGCCAGGGUUUAUCUGUGGAUGUGGUGCGGCUGCGUCCCGAACUCCUUCUGCGCACUUCACUCGUCACUUGCAGCCUGGUCUUCCUGCUCAUUCACAGUCACAUGAGACGGUUCGUAGUGUUGGUCUGCCUGGCGGUGCUGUCCUCGGCGUUCCCGCUCGGCCUCGCCCUGCGUUACACACACACACACCACUCCUUUCGCUUGGCUCGCUCCACACUCCAGGGCCUGAGUGUUGGUAGCUUCAUCUACAUCGUCUUCAUGGACGUGAUGCCCCGAGUCACGAGUGCUAAUGAGCAACAUAUCGCUAAAGUCACACUGAUCCUCACGGGGUUCAGUGUGUUCACCGCCGCGUUGCUUCUCUAAACACACACAGUGUUCAGUGUGUUCACCAACACACUGCUCCUCUAACCCUUCCAUGCCACCCCACAACACACACACACACACACACACUUGUGAGUGUAAGUGCACUUGUAGGACUUCCUGGAUUGUGAUGUAAACAUGUUUCUUUACGCUGUAAAUAAAAGUCAUUAAACUUGAGAUAUUUUAUUAAUGCUCGCUCUGUUCUGAACUACAUAGGGCACUAGAUUCUGCAGUGUACACUUCAUCUGCACUAUAGCAUCUUACCAUUAAAGUGUGUGAAGAAACUAUAUAAUGUCCCCAACCCCAAGCCCGUAUACAUGAAGCCCUGCCUCUUAGUAGAUUACUUUACUCCUCUCUUAAUUUGUGUGUGAGUGUGUGUGUGAGUGUGACAGAGAAAGAUUUUAGAUACAUAGUAAACAGUUCCAGGAUGAUUUUAUUGUGUUUUCUUUGUGUUGAACAAUCAGCAGUCACAUAUUAAAAGUAAAUGUUUACUGUGUUUCUGCAGGUGACAAGAUCUGAAGUGUGUUUAACCGUUCAUCAUGUUUUUUGAAGCUUUGUGACAGUUA